CUAAAAAUAAUGGGACACUUGGAAGACUACAUCAUAUUCUAAAAAAUCCUCCACCAAUUUCGAAAUCUAGUGCUAGUCUACCCGGUAAGGUAUGCAGAGUACCUCAAGAAUCUGCAAUCUUAGCAGUUAGACAGAAUUGCACCGAAUGUAUUUGUUCUUUUUGCCAUCCUUCUCUUAGAGCCAAUUUAACUCGUAGUAACGAGGCUUUAAAGAUGACUGCUGAGCAAGAAAAACAUUCAGAACAGCAUAACCUCCCGUGGGGUGUACCUAAAUAUGAAAAUGCUAUGGACACGUGUACACUUUAUCAUAAGCAAUACAUAUCUGGAUAUAGUAAUAUCUACCAUAUACCUUUAUUCGCUGGUUAUUUCCUGUCUGAUAAG